AUGAUUUCUUUGAUUCUCAUGAUUUAUAUCAUUCCGUUCUAUUUAUCUAUCUUUCUUUCCGUUCAUAUCUAUCUAUCUAUCUAUCUAUCUAUCUAUCUAUCUAUCUAUCUAUCUAUCUAUCUACAAGUGGCUACCUAUGCUCUGAUAUCUAUCGCUGUAUCUAUCUAUCUAUCUAUCUAUCUAUCUAUCUAUCUAUCUAUCUAUCUAUCUAUAACAAACAAAGAACUGUACCAGUUAACAGUAACCACAUCAGAAAUGUCUACUCUUGCCAUUAUCUAUCUAUCUAUCUAUCUAUCUAUCUAUCUAUCUAUCUAUCUAUCUAUUUUAGUCUUUUCAUUAUCUAUAUAUCUUAAGCUUUUUAUUAUCUAUCCAUCUUACUAUUUUCAUUAUCUAUCUAUCUAUCUAUCUAUCUAUCUAUCUAUCUAUCUAUCUAUCUAUCAUGUUAAUAUAUUCGCAUCUAUCUUUUGUUAUUAA